AUGCGCGGCGGGGCCGGGCGCGCUACCUGCCGGGAGUUGUAGUUCUUGGGUAUUGGCGGCGUCACGUAGCCGCCCGGGUGCAGGGUGGAUUUCAAGCCCGGACCUGUCUUUGCUAAUAGACUUCAAGAAGGAGUCCAUUGGGUAUUGCCUGACAGGAAGGGGCGGUACAACCAUGCCAGAGAAGGGAGCAAAAGUGAAAGCUUCGGCGCCUAGCCUUACUCGCCACUAACAGCCGACGCCCCCAGAAGUUGUACUAGAAGACGAGCUCUCCCAUUAGUCGUCAGCUUUCUGCGCAAAGACACUCAAAUUGCUUGGUGCCUGCUCCUUUGGUCGGCAGAUGAGAGGUGGCGUGGGGACAGGGAGACAUUUACACUAACUCACACAGUGGAUAAAUGCAAGAAUGAUGUGACUUCUUAGAUGACCUCCAAGGCCCUUAACGCUACACCUUGAUUCACAGAACUGUAAAUUUCGCUCCUAGGGCCCUGUAUUCCUCCAUGUAAUUUCUAUGUAAAAGUAAAGAGAUGGAAAUAAAAACAAAAUCGCUCCUCCACUCCCGCCCAGUAGUAAUAAAGAACUCAAAUGCGGAGAAAGAUGUGUUCAGUCGACUCAGCCUCGUUGUUCUGCAGAGUUAAGCAUUCCAGGUCAGCAGAGUAGAGUGAGAUCCUGUCUUUAAAAAAAAGUUCCGUAGACCAAUUCGGCCAAAUUACAUCGGUCUAACUACAAGUCUCCUAGCUUAUUCCACUCCCAUUACUAGGAUUGUUUCAGAAAUUGUAUUCUACUUUCCUGAGCAGCUAGAUAUAUUCUGAUGGUUAGGAGUCCUUGAAUAGAGACUAGUAAGGUACCUUAAAGCCGACCAGAAUUAGGAUUAAUAUUUUAGCCCAGCCUCCGGGGCUGCACAGGUGGCUCUGUGGGCAAAAGCGCCGAACUCUUACAGAAAAUCCCAAUUCACCUCCCAGCGCUAAACUGCGGGCGACCCAAGCCUUUGGCCUCGGUGGGUACACGCACUCGAGUGCACGAACAGACACAGGUAAAAACAACUGAGGGAGCAAAGUGCACAAAACCAGAAAGUGCAGAGUCGGAACUUGCUACCGUAGUUCCCAGCCGGACUCAUUUUUCAGUCCUCAGGAAGUGGGGGCUGUGUUAGUCCAUGGCCGGAAGUGCUGUUUCUGUGAUUGUGGUUGUGUUUAUUCAACUUUUCCGCCGCGUGAUGGUGGCAACACCUUUGCUUUAAAUUCAGCCAUUCACUUAGCUGUAAAAAUACAUGAAUCAGAACUGCAUCUUUGCGAAAAGUAGAGACCAGUAUGCUUCACUUCAUCCAGAAAUUUUCUGGAGCAUCUUCAAAGGUGCUGAAGUACCCUUUUACAGUGAGACUCAGAGCCAGCAGAAUAGAUAUUCUUUCUCCCAAGACAUCUCUUCAGCAGAACCUUUUUCCUUUGUCGCCAAGGACUUGGCUUUCCACAUCAUUUCAAGUGUGUAUGAAGAAGAUACAAUGCUAUCAUGUAUCACCAUGCAAAUUUAAAAAGCAGAAGGAGGCAGUCCUUCCCUCCAGGAAACCAAGCACCAUCACUUACCUACCUGAUAGCCCGAAGCCAGCCUUAUAUCUAACUCUGGGAGGGUUAAUCCCCUUUAUUGCUCCACCACUCAUCAUGGUAAUAACCAAGUCUUAUAUCCCCAUACUAGCUUUUACUCAGAUGGCGUAUGGAGCCAGUUUCCUAGCUUUCUUAGGAGGGGUCAGAUGGGGCUUUGUUCUGCCAGAAAGUAGUCCAGCCAAACCAGACUACAUUAAUUUAACUAGUAGUAUGAGUCCUGUUCUGUUUUCAUGGAUAGCCAUCCUAUUUUCUGAGAGACUCAGCGAAGCCAUAGUCACAGUAACAAUAGGUUUAGGGAUAGCAUUACACAAUGAACUUUUCCUCUUGCCACAUUAUCCUAACUGGUUCAAAGCCUUAAGGAUCAUAAGUACUUUAGUGGCUUUUGUCUCAUUUGUAGUCACUUUAAUACUUAAAAAUAUUUAUCCAGAAAAAGGGCCCAAGAGAUUUGGUGAAAUAGAAAUAUAAAACUACUUUCUUGAUAUUAUUUACAUGUUAGCUAUAAAUCUUAUAAACCUGCAUGUUUUUAACGAUAAAAUUUUUUGUUGUUAUGUUGUGGGGAAUAUGUUCAGAGAGUGCAGUGUCUUUGGAGGCCAGGAGAGGGUGUGGGAUCCCCAGGAGCUAGAGUUGCAGGCAGUUCUGAGCUGGGAGCUAAACAUGGGUAUGUAUGGCAAUAUAUGGUCUUGGCCACUGAGCCUUCUAUCUCUAGCUUGUGAAGUUGCAUUUUAGCAUAUACUUUUGUUCCUCUUGUUUGGCUUUUUUUGUUUCCUCCCAUUGGUAGGAAUUUAUUCCUCUUUUUUUUUUUUUCAUUUCUAAAACUUAAUUUUUAGCCAGAUAGUGGAGGUAUAUUCCUUUAUCCCAACACUUAAGAGGCAGAAGCAGAUGGAUCUCAGAGUUUGAGGCCAGCCUAGUCUACAAAUAGAGUUCUAGAAUGGCCAAGGCUUCACACAGAAAUCCCAUCUUGGGGGAAAAAAAAGUUACAGAGAUCUGCCUGCCUCUGGCUACAGAGUGCUGAGAUUAUAAAAAUUAUUUCUAAGUAAUUCAUCUUGAAAAAUCUCCUAAUUUCUUAUUGUAACAUAUGUGGUUAGCUUAAAUCACCUUUUUGUGAACUAUACAAUCACCUUCUUAAACGUUAGUAUUUUGAUUAUAUUGAGAACAGUAAAAGACAAGAUGAAAAAUCCUCUAGUAGAGUCUAGCAAUCAUGAAGUAAUAAUGAAAAGAACCCUACUUCACAAUGAAGUCCACAAAACCUUGAAAAUAAAGGUAUUUCUGUCAAGUUUUCAUAGCACUGGAAAUUGCAAGUCUAAGUCCUGGAAAUCACUUUGUGGGCCACGCUAGACUGGAAGACAUAGAAAUCUGCUUGUCUUUGCCUCCCAAGUGCGGGAAUUAAAGGUUUGUGCCACUAUA